CUGUUUUGUAUAUUUAUAGUUAGAAACCAAUUCUAAAACUACUUGAUCAAGCAACACUGACAUUUCUGUCUUUAAAAAAAAUCGAGUGUUGAGAAGAUUUUUGUGAUAUGGCUGGAAAUACUGCUGAAGAAGUUGAGGGAUCAGCACCCGCUGAGAACAAAACUACAGGGACUGUGGAGGUUCCCCCAGAGUUCUUGAUAAAGCACCCGCUACAGAACACAUGGAGUCUGUGGUUUUACGACAAUGACAGGAAUAAAUCAUGGGAGGAGAAUCAAAUUGAAUUAACUUCAUUUGACACAGUUGAAGAUUUCUGGAGACUGUAUCACCAUAUCAAAUUGCCAUCUGAGCUACGUCAAGGCCAUGACUAUGCUGUCUUUAAGCAAGGAAUCCGUCCCAUGUGGGAGGACGACGCCAACAAGAUGGGUGGACGUUGGCUAAUAAGUCUUGAAAAGAAGCAACGCAAUUCAGAUUUAGAUAGGUUUUGGUUGGAUGUGGUCCUGCUUCUGAUUGGUGAGAAUUUUGAAUAUGCUGAGGAAAUUUGUGGCGCUGUUGUAAAUGUGAGAGCAAAACUUGAUAAAAUUGGUGUUUGGACAGCAGACACAUCGAAACAACAAGCCAAUCUUGAGAUUGGUAGAAAAUUAAAGGAGCAACUCGGAAUUCACGGAAAGAUUGGAUUCCAGUUACACAGAGACACUAUGGUCAAACACAGUUCGGCAACUAAGAAUCUUUACACUGUUUAGUUAUUAAUAUAUUUAAAGGUAUGUGAUAGCAGUGGUCAUUGUAAACUGAUGAUCUUAGAUUACUGCGAACAAUACUUAUAUUUGUAUUUAUGUUCUGGAAUGUGGUGUGGGAUCUUCGGUCACUAGUUAACGAGUCUUAUGAUACUGUUGUCGCAUACGAUAGAAUAAAAGUUUUAUUUAACAGAAGUAGUAUUUACGUUGACAUUUCAUAUUAACUCGAGUGUUUAUUUACUCUAGUAGCGAUGAAUGCUGGCAUAAUGGAAGUCUGAUGUUUGUACUAAAGCUGUGCUUUGUAUGUCUUAAAUUCAGUAGAUGUAAGUUUGUAUUCAUCCUAAAUUUAUAUGGUAUCCAAUUACUUUUAAUUUUUCUGUUUUUAUUUUAAUAAAAUGCACACCACACUGACGGUAA